GCUCCGCUAUUUUUGGAAGAUCAAGAUCUUCAUAAAGUUCUGGAGAACAUUGGUAUGUUCCAAAGUACAUUCCGAAGGAUCUGCAAAUUUGCUCUGAUUUGGAGAACGUUCUAUCUACUUGAUCGUGAAUAGAACUGGAAUUACAAAAAAUCAGAUUUUUAUAGAUCUGUACAAUAUUUUACAAAGAAAUUCAAUGCUCGCAGUGAACAAGGAAAAACGAUGGCAGGAUGUCGAGUGUGGAGGAUAAUUUUAGUCGUUAUCAUUAUGUGGGAAACGACCACAAACGCAAACAAUGCGAACGUCGCGCAAACCACUGCAAAUAAAAAUGACAAGAAACUGUUGGAGCCGAACAAAUACAUUUAUUCGUGGACAGGGCCAAAUGCCUUGGUCAGAUCGGCUUUGAUAGAUCGACAGGAAAGAUUGCAAUACAAUUGUGAGCUCGAAAAUAGUGAAGCAGAUAUCGAGUUAAAUCCAGAAUUGUUCAGAAAUGUUCUUGUGGAUGAUUUGCAUGAAUUACUUUAUUGUUAUGUUCCAAAGGUAGCUUGCACAAAUUGGAAACGCGUAUUAAUGAUCGCGACCGGAAAAUGGCCCGGUAAUGAUCCUUUAAAAAUACCGGCCGAUCAAGCUCAUUCCUCGGGUACUUUUCAAAGAUUAAGCAACUACACCUUGCCCGAGAUAGAGAAGAAAUUGGCGACGUAUGACAAGCUGAUUGUCGUACGACAUCCUCUGGAAAGACUUUUAUCAGCUUAUCGAAAUAAAUUUGAGACUAAACACGAGAAAAGUGCAAAAUAUUUCCAGAGUCGUUUUGGCAAAAAAAUCAUCAAAAAAUACAGAUCAAAUGCCACCGAAGAUUCUCUGAAGAACGGUGAUGAUGUAACGUUUCGCGAGUUCGUCGAUUUCGUUACCGAUGAUUCCGAGAAUGGAACUCGAAAUGAACAUUGGAGAUCGAUAUACGAAUUGUGCCAACCAUGUAUAGUUAAUUAUAAUCUCAUAAGUAAAUACGAGAGUUUAGUCGAAGAUGCUACGGAAGUUCUCGAACGAAUAGGCGUCUCGUCUAUGAAUUUUCCAGCUAAGCCAUCAAGCAGUGAACCGACAUCGAGAAAACUGGAUAGAUAUUAUUCUACUUUAAGUUACAAACAACUUCGUAAAUUGGCAGAUUUGUACAAAUUAGAUUUAAGGUUGUUCGAUUACUCGUUAGAGGAUGUGCUGGGAUUUUCUCUGGCUUAAGUCGUCCGUUAAUAUUAAUAGAAACAGGUGUACAUGAUGUACAAGUUUAAUGUCAGAUCACUAAUGAUAGCCUCGUGUUUAAAAUCCAUAUAAUAUAAGCACACAAGACAGUUCCAUGCAUUAAGAUAAAU